AUUCCAAGGUCGAUCAAUCCGGCACGAUGAAGCUCUCAGAUGGCUACCGUCAAAUCCAAGACUCACCUUGCAUGCGACACGUGUCGGCAACGGAAAUCGAGAUGCGACGGCAUCCGUCCUAGCUGCAGCCACUGCAGGGUUGCGGGUCGGGAGUGCACUUACCGGCCCACGCCGACGAACCUAGAGACUGACGUCUCGGUCCUCUCGCGCCUCGCAGGCGUCGAAGCCCGCCUCCAGGCCAUUGAGGGCAGGGGUCGGGGCACACCAGACCGGGGUGGGGGGUCGCAUGCGGACGGAACCACGACAGCGGGGCCGGCAGGGAGCCCGAAACCACCGUUGCUCAGCACCGCCCCCGAUCUCCACACCGCCUCGGCCUACAAGAUGCUCCACUACUGGCCCAGGAUCCGCCUCAACCUCACCGCCCCCGGCAUUGUGUCGACGUCGUAUCUGGCCGAGGCCGAUGCUGCGGACCCGGUCCUGCUGCAGACGCCCACGUCCGGCCCCGAUCCCCCGCAGCCCCCUCUCUGGCAGUUGGUCCGGCUCGUCGAGGAAUUCUACAGUAGCUCCGUCGAGAAAUUGCCGGUUUGUAUCCUGGAGGUGUUCGAUUCCUGCCCGGCCUUGGGUGUCCAUUACGUGCUCAACGGCCUGGCGCAGCUUUAUCCUCCCGACGCCGUCUCACAGCAUUCUGCGACGGUUGAUCUUCAUAGGCUUUCGAUCGCACAGCUUCUGGUUGUGUCCCUGGCCAAGAGAUCGUCGAAUGAUAGCGCCAUGCAAUCCGAUUCAGCCACAACGGCAAUCUCGGCCGUCUCCUUCACGAUCGCUCUUCAGAAACAAUGGAUGCUGAUGUCCAGCUCGGAUGAGGAACGGCUCCCCUUGGCAAUACUCGCGGCAUACUGUCUGUUUUACUACUGGGCGCGGCCCUUUCAUGCUCUCGGUCUAUUGCAGUCUGUCGACCCGGCCAUCAAACGCUACUCGCUCCGGCAUCCAGAUGACUCACUAGUGUGUCGCUACUCCAGACUGCACUUUAUCCUCGAGAGUGACAUUCUAACGGAGAUCGACGGCUUCCCAUCCAAAACAUGCGUGUCACUACUGGGUGACCACCCUCAGAGCUCGCUCCCCUUGCCAGCGAGCCCCGACAACUCCCUAACGGGCGAUCAAGGGACGUCGUCGGCGGUCGGGAACUAUAUCGAAAGCCACAUGUGGUUGAGGUGCUACCUGAACCGGACCCUCCACCUCCUCUACGGCACCAACAAGGCGUACGCGCAGCCCCACGAGCUCGCGGACAUUGUCUGCAGCCUGUCCGCCGAGCUGCGGCAAUGGUACCAAUCCCGACCCCUCGGCCAGCAAUUUGUGCGCGACGCGACGACGCUGAGGAUGAACGUCCCGCCCGUGUCGCCCCGCCUUAGGGAAAUCGCGCUGCGAUACUUCUCGUGCGUGUUCCUCCUCCACCGCCCGGUCCUGUACUUCUUCCUCCACAAAGACAUGGAAUACACCGUGCGGCCACCCGACAACCGGACGCUGCACUCGGACCGCGAGCCCUGGGUCCUGGAGUCCUGCCGGGACUGCAUUGAGAGCGCCGCGCUGCUGAUCCAUUUCGCGUACAUCCCGAUCGAGUUGGGCAACAACGGCGGGGUGGAGAGGUCGUACCGCAGCUGGGGCGAGGUCCAGCUGCUGUUUGCCGCGUACCUGGUGCUUCUCCAGGUCAAGUCCGUCACGGCCCUGUUCCCGAUAUUUCGCAACAUUGGAGACUUGGAUGAGCUGCUGGAUAGGGUGGAGCGGGUAUUUGAGGCGUUGCCGGUGGAGUCGCUCAAGGUUCACAGGAGCUUGGUUAUCUUGCGGAAUGAGCGGCACAACUUUGAAGUCUCGUCGCCGGGAUAUUCGAUUGGUUCGGUUUAAGCGCCUGGCCUGGCCGUAUUAUGUCACUUUGUGGGCGCACGGGUUUUGUUCUUCUGGCUGCAAAGAAGGAGUUGGAUACGAGGCGGGGAAUAUAUUAUGGGAAGCACAUGUCAUGGCCUUUGACUGGGAAAUCUAAUUAAUUAUCUGG